UGAGUCUGUACAUGUCAAACCUCCUUGGGACCUCUCGUCGGCGCUGGAACUCAUGGACCGUGUCUCCGGAGCAGCCUUCGAGUGAUGUCAGGUCGAGGUUGUCUCUCUCAGGAGGCUGUGUGUGGGAUUGUGUGAAGUUGAUCGGAUUGAGACUUAGCUCCGCAAUUCUCUUGAUGUGUACUCGAAGUGCGAAAUUCACAGCAAACUCUGUGCCCGGGCGGUUGUGGAAUGAUGAGUCGGCGAUAUCCGACAAUCUGUCAUCGAGUGAAGGAUAGAGCUGCGAGGAGGUGGCAUAAUAACGUAAUUUGCUGAUAGUCUUUGUCCCUGUGAGAGGCUGGCAGGGGAAAAGAAAUGGUGGCUUCAAGAACGAGGAAAACGAGAGCAGUUGUUUCGUACAAAGUUGAUGAUUCUUCGGAUGAGUCCGACGAUGACGCGCCUUUUACAGUGGCGCGCGGCACCAAAACUGAUGCAUCUCGUCACAGUAGCGGCGGCGAAGGAGAGCUGGGAAACGGCAAGGGGCGCAGAACUUUGGCUUUGAAGAAAAACCGAAGCCAGGCUGGUGGGGCUGGAAGAGAGGAAGAACCAGUUCCCGGCGGGAAACUUGACCAGAAUGAAGUCAGAGAAGAGCUGGAGUUAUCAGCAUUGGGACCGUCACUAGCACCCACAGAGUCCGAAGCAGUAGCUGGGAGAUUAUCGCCUGAAACGAAAAUAGCCACCGCCUUUGAACAUCUAGUGGAUGUUGCAUUUGAGGCUACUGAUUUGUGUAGGAUUGACUCAUCUGAACACACUGGUGGCCCAGUGGAAGGAAAACAGCUGCAAUCAGAGGAGGGUGUUGAGACUGCGCAGCAAACUUCCAAUCUCGAUAGAAGCAAUGAUCUUCGAGGUGAUGGACGACAGCCAGGAUCAGCAGGUGUAGUGAGCGCGCAGGACGACAGCAGCCUUGUCACAAGAAAAAAGGGCGGACCGCAUCCUAGGAGACCAUCCGAGGAUCAUGAGGCAGCCAGCGAUGACGACGAUUGGCUUGAAGAAGACGUCGUCGAUUGUGAUACCUCAGAUAGCUCAACUGACUUGUCUAGUGAAGAUGCAAGUGAUUCGGACCUCGACAUGGAGAGACCUGCCAAGAAACGUCAAACUCUAGCUAAGAAGCCUCCAUCGUCUACCUCUCGCACUUAUGUCAGGAAGGGUCCGCGAUCCAAAAGCAGUGGAGCAGAUUUGAAGGUCUCAAGCAGCAGCAAGCAAAAAGUUGAAAGCAGAAAACCGCCACCAAAACCUGUAGGCAGGCCGCCGAAAGGAAAUGCCAAGGGUUUACCAUCCAGUACAAGUUUGGGUAGAAAAUCAUCUGAGGGGACUGCAGCUCCCGCAUGUACACCACGUCUCAAGCCUGCAAAGUUGGGCUUGAAGAUGGCUUAUAAAGAUGCUACAUCAGGCGGAUCGCCAUGUGGACCUUCAGUUGGUGUUCCUGUGCAACUCAUAUCUCCCAACAACUCAACAUCGCACCGUCGAGUUCUGGGACUAUCAAAAAGAAACAGACCUCCUCCACUGCAUCCAUAUCUAGCAGGAUGACGAAGUUGGAGGACAUUUAGUGUGUCCAAAUUAGAACUACUACAUUCUUGUCGCAAUCAGUUUAGGAAUUUGGGGACCUCAUUUGCAUACCUUAGAACAUCCCCGGAGGCUCUCGCAGGAAGCAUCUUUACUUCGGGCAGGGAUUUCUUGCAUCAGAUUAAUACCUGGUCAUAAUUGUACAAAAUUAUCGAUCGGAGUCUGAGAAAGAGUUUUUUUUAUAAAUUCUUCUUUUCGAUCGUAAGGGUGACAUCCCUAUUUCCGCCAGUCCAAAGAAAGUUGCACACGUCUUUAAACAUAGUGUACCAUGCAUAGAUGUAUAUUAUCCCUAGAAGUCUGAAGUCUACAAAACAUAGGAAAAGAGGUGCUAGGUUUCGGUACUCGCCUUUGUUGUGCUUGAAGAAAAUGGUACAAAAUGGUGCAAAUGCCAAGGUUUUGGGGGAUAAAUUUUUUAGAGUUUCCAUUUAUGUUUAUAUGUAAAUAAUGGGAAAGUGUUUAUUUAAAUAUAUUUGUUUCUUUACUGUUUAUUCUAGGUGGCAGUUGAAGAUACGACACCAUAGUAGUGUUUACUGUGGUUGUCAGAUUAAUUGUUGUGUCGGAUGUCCGUAACAGAUGUUUUAUACAUGUAGAUGCCUUUUGUUCAUAGGUUGCCUCCUUUUGAGGAAAACAUUGAUGUGUUAUUGAAAGUUCUCUCCGCUGAUUUGAUCUUUCAUCUCCUAUCAGCAGAGCUAAUUGAGGCUAAUGUUUCUAUAGUCGUAAUACUUCUAUUGAGGGUACAUUUUCAUCAAUUUGUCUAGGUAGAUCCAUUUCUGCAUUCCUUACAGGAGCAUAGUAUUCAGUGAAGUAGGUUAAAAGCCUUAGAGAUUUCUUACAUAGAAGACACCCUAUGUGUUGGCAAUCAGUGCCACUGCAAUCUAACCACCAGCACUUAUCUACAAUAUCGAUAUGCGAUUCCAAUUUCAGUAUCUCCCGAUCAAGUACGCAUCAGGUUUGAACUAUCUCACUUGAAACAAUUCGCGGCCCCAUAUUCUGAAGUUUUUAUGACGAAGAUUAAGGUUACGUUUUUGCUUACAUACGAGAGUGCUCUUCCCACCGCUGCCUCCAUCAGAGUUUUAUUGUCAUUUGCUUAAUUCAGUUGUGAAGAUGACCUUUGGGCUAGUGCUUGGAAACAGAACAUUGUAGGCCAGUUUAUCGUGAGGUUUUUGACGUGUAUAUUGAUUUAAUACACAACGCUUAUUGGCUCCUUCAGUGCACGUAUGUUCAUUUCAGGUUCACCCAUUGUACUUGGUGAAAAAUUCAAUUUAUUAUUUGUGAAAGUUGUUUGAU